UUGUUUAUUAUAUUUUCCUUACAGUCUCGAGUGCUAGUGGAGCAUGCUGUUGCAUGGUCGGAAGAGUUUCCACUAGAUACUGUUGGAAACCCUGCUCGAAUCAUCUGUAAAGGAAGAGAUAGAGAUUAUGAGCUUACCGUGAAUAUCAAAUUGUGUCAGUCUGGUUUGACAAAAAUCGUCACUUUUUGUCCAUUCUAUCUGGUCUCCAAUCUCGGAAAAUGGGACAUACAAGUGAAGGAAUGCGGAAAAGAUGAGUGGAUUGAUUGUGUUGGGAUUUGGCCUCAGCAGCGUGCGAAAAGAAAACUACUUUGCGCCAGGUAUACUGGACAACAGGAAGAAUCUCUUUCCUUUCCAGUCACUGAGAAUUUCGAAUCUCUUUGUCAGAUAAACAAUGAACACAUCGGAAUUGAAGCUUGUGUGUCAACUUCGGAAUCUUCAGUUGCAAUUCACUUGGCACCGUUUAAAAACGGCAUGGCUUCUGCCUGCAUUAUGAAUAACCUAAAGAUCCCUGUAUCGUUUGGCCAAAAAGGCCAUAAAAUGCAAAGAGUGGGUUGUAAUGAAAUGAUGUACUUCACAUGGUCGAGCGUUGUAGAAGAUCGAGUUCUUAUUUUCACUGUCGGAAACUACACUGGAGAAGAUAUGUUGAAUCAGAACCGUUUAGUUGAUCUUCAAAUUGACCAGAAUGUUAGAAAAUUCGCCUACCUCGCUAACUUUCUCAUCGGAAGGCAGCGGUUCUUAUUAUUCACCAUGGAUCUAGACAUAGCCCGUGCUGCCUAUGGCUCUUGGGAGACAGAUACCGUGAAUAUGCAAGUUGAACUUGCACUACAAGGUGUAGGAUUGUCCUUAGUGGAUAAUUCUAUCGGUAAAGAGUUACUAUACAUCGGCAUUUCAUCUUCUGAUAUUUUAUGGGAGGAAGAAGUACGGAAAGGCAGAUUUAAGCCAUUUACAGUAAAAUACAUGCAAGCCCUAGAAGAGAAAUAUCAGGAAUACCUGGCGGAGCCAAAAAAUGGAUUUCAGCAAGUCCAACAAUAUGAAGUAUCCUUUGCAAAUAUGAUUAUGAAAAAGAAGAAGAACAAGGAAGUCAAGAUACGCCGAAUUUUUGAAAAAGGUAUAUGGGCUAACUAUGGUACAAGUGCCGAGAGGACAAGACUUCAUCUUAAGGUGAACCAUCUGCAAAUUGAUAACCAGCUUGGAACAUGCGUCUUCCCUCGAGUGCUCACCAAUAUCCCACCUCCAAAAAGUGUUAUCGUUGACAAUGCGCCGAAACCUUUCAUUGAGCUGUCAUUACUGCAACGAAAGUCAGAGUAUUCUUCCAUCGCGGAGAUUGAAUACGCCCGAGCUUUGGUACAGGAGUUUGCUGUUCAGAUUGACCAGGGUCUAAUCAAUGCUAUUAUGGCAUUAUUUGCCGCCGAAAUUAAAAAGCAGCCAUAUGGGAAGCAAUUGUUUCUGUCUGAUAUGGAAACGGCACUAGUCCGUUUGGAAGACACUGCGAAGCAGUAUCGAUCAAAUCAGCCGAGGAGUUUCUAUAACGAUCUUCAUAUUUCACCACUCAUGAUCCAUCUGUCAUUUUCACAAGGUGGUACUGCUGGAGGAGAUGGUUCCGCUCCGAUUAUGCCAAUUGAAUCCGAAUUCUUCAAAGUUUUAUUCCAGAGUAUUGGUGUAUCUAUCACAGAAUUACAAGAUGUGGUUUUCAAGCUGGCGUAUUUUGAACGUAACAAAGUUUUCUAUGGUUCGGAUCAAUUAAAUGCAGAAAUAGUUUCGCAUUAUACGAUGCAAGCUUUACGUCAGAUGUAUGUUUUGGUGCUUGGUCUUGAUAUAAUUGGUAACCCAUUCGGACUAGUUCGUGAUCUGUCAGCUGGAGUUGAAGAUCUUUUUUAUCAACCGUUCCAAGGACUUAUACAAGGACCGGAGGAGUUUGCCACUGGUGUGGCUUUGGGUGUACAGUCAAUGUUUGGGCAUGCUGUGGGCGGAGCAGCUGGAGCGGUAGGCCGAAUCACUGGAACUGUUGGCAAGGGAGUAGCUGCCCUGACGUUUGACCAAGAAUAUCAAAGGAAACGACAGGAAGACCUUAAUCGUCGACCUCAGUCCUUUAGUGAGGGAAUGGCAAGAGGAGUAAAGGGUCUCGGCACGGGUUUAGUAAGCGGUAUCACUGGCAUUGUUAUGAAGCCAAUAGAAGGAGCAAAACAGGAAGGCGGGGUUGGAUUUGUCAAGGGCAUUGGAAAGGGUUUGAUUGGUGCUGUGACUCGUCCAGUGUCUGGCGUAGUUGACUUUGCAAGUAGCACUAUGCACUCAGUACGUACUGUGGCAGGAGCAGACAAAGAAGCAGGAGCACUUAGACCCCCUCGAGUUAUUCUAUCUGAUCAUAUCGUGCGACCGUUCAGUUUUCAUGAGGCGCUUGGAUUCAAGAUUUUCAAUGAUGUUGACCGAGGUGAGCUUGCUGAGACGGACAAUUUCGUCACAUAUGUUCAGAUCACGGACAAAAUCGUUCUACUUGUCACAAACAUGCAAUUAGUGUUGGCGAAACGAACCGACUUGGUGGGAACGUGGGCGACGGAGUGGAAAGCGGAAUAUUUGGACAUCAAAGAACCUGUUAUUUUGGAGGAUGGAAUUAAAGUGAUGUAUAAAGUAAGACCUCUUAGCUUUUCUUUUGUAUACUUUACUUUGCCCACUAUUUAA